CCCUAUGCUCUAUAAAAAGUUUCUUUCCUAUAGAGCUUUUUUAACAAUCUUUCUCACUCUAAUUACAAUGGAGGAGCAAAAGAAUUCCCAGCCUAAAUGGGAGGCCAAGGUUUCUGCAAGGGUAACGAGUGCUUCUGCAGACCAAAUCUGGCCUCUUUACACAGACUUCUUCAACCUUCACAAAUGGUAUCCCGGUUUAACCACAUGUCAUGGCAUCCACGGCACCAACGGUGAGCCUGGUUGCAUCAGGUUCUGCUCAGGUUUCUCAGUCUCUUCCGAGGGCAGUGGCGUCGACAAAGGCUCUGAAAAUUGGGCCAAGGAGAGACUAAUAGCCGUUGAUCAUAGCGGGCGUAGCUUAAGCUAUGAGAUAGUGGACAGCAACAUUGGGUUCAAUUCGUAUGUUGCAACCGUCAAGAUUGUUCCUGGGGCUGAUGGUGAUGAUCAUCAAAAUGGGUGCGUGAUCGAGUGGUCCUUCACCGUUGAUCCUGUGGAAGGAUGGGAAUUGGAGGACAUGAAGCAAAAAUUUAAGGUGGGCCUCCAGGGCCAGGCUAAGAGAAUGGAGGAUGCAAUCUGUCAAGCUUAGAGAUUUAACUAGUUAAAUUAAGCGGCUCAUAGUUUCAUGAGUCUUUGAUAAUAUGAACUGUGUUCACUCUGUUUCUUCUUUCUUUCUAAAUUAAUGUUGACCAACAAGAUCUUGUCUGGUUUCCAUGUGCCCCAAUUACCUUGUAUACCGGUUGUUCCAAUGUUGUUUAAACCUUGGAAUAUUAGUUUAAAGAAUGAUAAUAAUAAUAAUAAUAAUAUAAACCAACCUCACAUGUCUGCCCAGGAGCUUUAA